UGGUGUGAAUGGGUCGAUUAUGUCAUGGCGGGUUAGAUGUUUUCGGCACUGAGUUUCCUAGAAUUUGUUUUGAAUUACUCUGUCAAUGAUCUCGUUUGUUUCCUUGUUGUUAAAUGCUAGAAAUAUAAACAUAGUAGUAAUAAUUUUGUAAACAUUUCAAAUGCUGAAACAAUUGCAAAUGGGCCUUCGCGCGUUCAUGCUCCUCGCUUCUAAAGUAUGGAGUUGUUUUUGUUACAUGUUUAGAAAGCAGUAUCGAGCGUUGGCUCAAUAUCAAUCUGUCAAAUAUGAGAUAUACCCACUUUCUCCAGUAUCUAGACACAGGCUGAGUCUUGUGAAAAGAAAAAUGUUGGUACUGGAUUUGGACGAGACGUUAAUACACUCGCAUCACGAUGCGAUGUUACGGCCGACGGUGAAACCUGGCACCCCACCUGAUUUUGUACUCAAAGUUACUAUAGAUAAGCAUCCAGUCAGAUUUUUUGUUCACAAACGACCACAUGUGGACUACUUUUUGGAUAUAGUGUCACAGUGGUACGAGCUAGUCGUAUUCACAGCAUCAAUGGAGAUAUAUGGUGCAGCGGUGGCCGAUAAACUAGACAAUGGGAGGGGGAUUCUGCGACGGCGGUUUUACAGGCAACACUGCACCGCGGAGCACGGCUCCUACACAAAGAACCUAUCGUCGAUAUGCGACGACCUAAACAGGGUAUUUAUUCUGGACAACUCGCCCGGGGCCUACCGGGACUUUCCAGACAACGCGAUCCCGAUAAAGUCGUGGUUCUCGGACCCGCUGGACGUGGCGCUGCUGAACCUGCUGCCCGUGCUCGACGCGCUGCGCUUCACGCACGACGUGCGCUCCGUGCUCUCGCGCAACCUGCACCUGCACCGCCUGUGGUAGCACCGCCCACCAGAUGUGAAUCAGCUUUUUGUACAAAUUUAGGAGGUGAAAGCGCUUCCGGAACCUAUUUAUUAUUUUUUUCACUUGUUAGGCCCAGCGCUUCUAUUCAAAUAUACAUAUAGAUUUAAUAUAGUUGAAUAAAGGUUUUUUUAAGUUUUGUUUUAAUUAAAACAGUGAUUAGCAUGUAAUAUAAAUAGGACUAUGAUUUACCUACGUUUGUAGGUGUGGGUAGUUUGAAAAACGCCCUACAAAAUGUUUUUUUUUUGCGUUAUUUGUCUCUUCCCCCACGUCACACGAGACAAACUGAUCUAAUAUAGGUUUUUUUCUAAGUAAUUUAUGAAUAUAAUAGGUCGGACUGUUGAUUUUGUAUUUUAAAAUUUUCUAGUGUUUUGGCUGGUAAAUUUCGAAAAGUUUUCAUGACAAAAUUUAGUUCAGUUAUAGCAGUCCAGGUUAAAUAAGGCGUAGAAGUGGUUUAGCCGCUCAUUAAUAUUAUUUUUAGAAAUUUUUUGUCAUCACUUUUAUUGCGAUGUACGGACAUAUAAAAUUUAACCGGUUGGAGAUCGUUUUAAUGCUAUGUUUUAAACAUGUUUCUACAUUCAACAUAUCAAUAACAAUAAAUAAUUAUUCUAUAGACUUCGACAUUGCAAUUUAAAUGAUGACAGAAUGGUCAGUCAUAAACAAUCAUAUGGUAUGGGAUUCUUGUCAUUGUCUAUGUAAUCACAGAUUGCUUGUAUUUUUUUAUUGUGAAAUUACGAUUUAUAUAAUCUGUUUCGAUUAAAAAAAAAAUUGUUAUUCUUGCAAUAGUUAAUAUCCUUUUUUUAGUUAAUUUAUUAUUUUGCAUGUAAUUAUUUUUCACAUAUAUGUUGAUAAUAAUAAGAAUCCUCCCCAUACAAUUAUGUUAAGUGGAUUAUGUAAUUAAUUUCUGUGUAAAAAUCAUUUUUUUUUUUAUAAUAUUCUGAAUGUAAGACAAUACAUAAAUGAAUGAUUGAUGAAAAUGCUCUUAAGAAAAUGUGUCAGAUUGAUGUUUAGGUUACUAUGAUUAGUUCCAGUAGCGCUGUGAAUCGCUAAGCGAUACAAUAUGAUGAAAUCUUGCGGUCGUUACCGAAUUUUAUGAGUAAAAAUUUUUUGUGAUUCUUAAAAAAAAAAGUUUUUUUAUCCUAUUUUAAGUUAUACAAAUUUAUUGUUGUAAUAAAGACAAAUAAAUGUAUCGUUUUAGAUUUACCGUCUGGAAUAACCUCAAAUACUCAUUUAUUAUAAAUGUUUGUUUUCGUAACAAGUAGCAGUAAUUCAUCAUUUAUUAGCUAAUAUUUCAUCGUGAUAAAAUAUUACGCGACCUAAAUCAUGGAUAAUUCAUUAAAAAAACAAUCAGUCGAUCCCCAUUUCGUCAUAAUGUAUCGCAACAAUGACAAUAGGUGUAUACUAAGUAAACUAUGUACAAAAUAAACCGAAUCAGUUGAGUUCCGUUUAAAACAGCGCUUUUUAAAUGUGUAAGUGAAAUUCUUAAUUCGUAUCACUUCUACCAAUUCAUUGGUAGUAUAGUACUUAUUUGAAACACCGGCACUGAUAAUACUUAGUCACUGAAGAUACUGUAGAACUAGGGACAUUAUUAAUGAAUUAAUAUGCAGUAUCAUCUAUGCUUAGAAAUAGUACACUUGUUUCACUAAAGCACAUUUUGAGUGAAGAGGAGUAUUCGACUAACUUUCCAAUUCUGUUUUCCAUUUUAAGUCUCCGAGUUGCAAUUAUUAUAAAUUGAUUGACAUUAUAUUUUUAUCAAAGGGAUAAAAAACCCAACAAUGUAAUAUUAUCACUUCAAAUUAAUGAAUAGUAAAAAUAUUUGUGUCAAAAAUUCUUACCAAAAUUAAACCAUUAAUAAUUAAUGCAACAACUCACUGUAAUGUAAAAUAUAAGAUUCGUUUUAUAAAAUGUACAUACCACAGAGCAUAAAUUAAAAAGCGUUGUUGAUAAACAUAGAUGUUUUAAUGAGUGUUACCUUUAUAUUAUCUAUAUACACGUAAACUUGUGUACCACCAGUGGACUGUCAGGGAUUUCUAAGUAAUAUUGUCAAUAAGUAGUUUAUUCAAACCUCUCAAUAUAUUUUUAAAUAUUUUAAUGUAUAGCGAUGUUAAAAUUCAAUAGCUUUUGGACAUUCUUUUUAUCAACAGAUUAGGUACCAAAUAACUUUUUAACGGUCUAAUGCAAGCAAUGUCAUUGGUCAGUUGGUCACACUAUAAUGGUGUAGGUAAAUUAACGAUUUUCACGCGAUUACCUUUUAAUUGGUCGAAUUUCUACAAUGAUUAUUAUCCAAUAUUUAGAGGUUUGAAUUUAUUUUUAAAUUUAACAUUUGUUUGAACCAAAUAUUUAAAUAGUAUAAAUCCAAUAAGCCUAGUAAAAUAUAUUAUUGAAUUGAUGUUGUUGUUUUCAUGGAGAUGAAAUAUAUCUUCCAAAAGGUUUAGGUACACUAAUAAGAAUGUGCAUAUUUUUACAAUAUUAGCUUGUACGAGUGAAAAUUUCACCCUUAUGACUUAGUGUUGCGAAAAAAUUGUAUGGGAUUUGAAAUUGGCUAAAUCCAUUACAUCUAAAACCAAUAAAUGGUGUUUUUUGUUGAACAAAUUAAUUUUAAUUCCAUCUCUUGUUUCUACCACCAGGCAUCACUGGCGACUUAUUAUUAUAAUGAUAUAGAAGACGUCCAUGCCAUAGACAAUAAAACAUGUCUUAGAACAUCACUAGCGAGCUUAACCACAAACACUUCAUUUAAUUUUAAACCACUGGUAUUGGUACGGGCGUCUACUUUAUGUUGGUAGAUCUAUUAUACUAAGAUUUAUAAAUAUUUUGGAUAUUACAAAUAAUAUUCAAGAUCGUGGAAGUCUUUAUGUAAAAUUGUAAACAAUUCUUGUAAAUAGUUUUUCCCCUACUAUCUUAGUAUUUCAUUCUUAAUGACAGGGUGAAAAGUGAGAUUAAUUUGCCCGUUCGCGUUGAGACGAAAAACAAACACUCAAUUGUUUUUUAAUGUUUUAUUGAAUCGGAAUAUGAAAUAAUUUUAUUUAAAGGUUUUGCAAGUUGUAGAACUUUGAAAAAUUAUUUGCAACCUACAUGUAGACAUCUAUGUAUAAAUCUAUGAUAUCAAUUGCUAUUUUAAUUAAUCAAAUUUUGAGUAAGGCUUCAUUUAUUAGACUUUAACGAUUUCAAAAUGAACAUAUUUUGUAUGAGGUUUUUACCACUCAUUUCAAUGAUUACAACUAAUGCAUAAAAAUAUCAAUAAAACAAUACAAUGAAUAUCGCAUCAAAAUUAUACAAAUAGUUAAUUUAACAUGAAUUUAAAUUACAGAUUUUUAUUCAACCUGUUAUUUUGAUUAAUUGAAAUAGCAUCAAUCAAAACUCUGUUUAGCAUUUCAGAGCUAUGUUUUAAAUAUUUUGUUCAACUGUAAUAACCAAAUCUCAACUGGUUGUUCGAAAGUUCAAAGUGAUUUGUAAUAUAAUUAAAUCGAUUUAAAA